GACAAGCUGGAAGUCAAUUGGUUAUUGUGCCCAUGAUUAGUGGAACGGUGAAGAGCGAGGAGGGAUUUGAGCCCAAGCUUGAUGGGGAGUUACAUGGUGUCGGAUACGACUACAUCCACAACGACUCAGACGGGGGAUAUAUGCGUUUGGAUGUAAGGAGUCAGGUGAAAACAUCUGACAACACCAUCCUAGCCAUGUACUACAAAGGCAAUGUCGCGCUCACCCCAGGCGUCGGUGCUAUCCUUUCCGGCUCCCCCGAUGCGAAGACAACAGAGUUUGGUGACUCGUUUGUGGCCUUCACGUUCGAGACGGGAAGCAAAGAGUAUAAGGAGCUGCAGAAUGGGACGUACGUUGGUGCGGGGCGCUUCGUGAAGGAACAGGGGAAGGACGGGAUCAUAGUAGAGUACAAGGUUAGCAAAGUAUCUGUGUAGAUUGAGAAAAUGGAGAAGAAAAUCGUAAGCGGAUC